AUGAAGUUACCAUGUGAUGGUGACAUUGUUGAACAAGUAGUCGGAGUUAGGUAUGCUGUACAUGGUGAAGGUCAACUUUCAAUUAGAAUAUAUUCAAAUAAUGUUCCAAUCAUUAAAUACCUUCUACAAAACACAUCUGAACACUUAACUACAGAGUACUCUCAAUUAACACACUGCAAAGCAUUUGAUUAUUCACCAAGACUUAAACUAAUAAACUAUAUAAUCUUUAAUUAA